UUGGCGUCUGUCAAAUAACAUUAUGUUUACAAACAAAUAAAAUUUAUAUACUCAAAAAGCUCCAAAAAAAAAUAUAAUUAAUAAAUUAAUCAUGACAGCACAAGUUAUGUGUUUAACAUCAUCUGGAGGUAUUCCAUUAUUUACCAGAAAAAAAGGAGAAAUAAAUGCAAUGACAUUUACAAAAAUGGCAUCAUUAAAUGGUGUACAAAUGUUUUUAAAAUCUCAAAAUAUAAAAUUAAUAAACACAUUGCUACCAGACAUGACAGUAGUAUGGAAAGAAUUUGCUGAUUCAAUAACACUAAUAACAAUAGCAAGUGGUACAACAAAAUUAGUAUUAGAUAAUUUUUUAAAUGCUGUAUUUAAUUCAAUGAUAUUUGUUGCUGGUAUUGAUGAAAUUAAAAAUCCUCGUAAUAUUGAAAAGCUAAAAAAAGAAUUACGUAUCCUGACAAUUUUUCAUUUAUGUAAUAUAUGUUCUAUUAAAAAGUAAAAAAUUAUUAAUCCGAAACGUGGCCAUAGAGGUUAUGUUUCAUGAAAAACAGAGUCCAAAAAUCUUGACAUUUUUUUAAUAUAAUGUAUAGAAAUAAAAAAGUAAAAAAAUAUUAAACCACACUCAGUUAUAUAGUGAAUACCACUUUUUAAUUUGAUCAAAUAUCAUGAGUCAUUACGCAAGAUUACGUAGAUGUAAAAAAUUACCUAAGUAUAAAAAAACAUGUUGGAAAAAAUGUAAAGCUGAAAGUCAAAUUUCAACACGUGCCUCUAACGAAAAGGAUAACCAGAAAUACUAUCAUGAUGAUGCCAAAAAAACGACGAUUGAUUUUGUUAAUGUUGAUUGCCUGAUUGAAAUAUUCAUGUAUCUGCCGGCACCUGAAAGACCAAAAAUUGCUUUGGUAUGCAAGAAAUGGAAAAAAGCUCUCGAUUAUUGUUGGUCGAGUGUAAACAAACUUGAACUAACUCAUUGGGAAUAUAAUGAGUGUCCAAGUUAUUUAAAAGAAUAUCCAACAAUCGAUGAACAAUUUAAUUUUCUAAGUUUUCUGCUUGAUAAAUGUGGUCGUUAUUUAACAGAAUUAGAUUUAACAGCCCAUAAUCAUUGUAAUAUAGUACCAGUUAUUAAUGAAUCUUGUCCAAAUCUUGUAAAACUCCGGUUAAGAUUCAAGUAUAAUAUUGAACAUAAAUUAUUAGUCAACGCCUUCUCACGUCUAUGUAAACUAAGAGUAUUAAAAAUUAUAUUUCAACAUACUAAUAAUAGUGAAUACAUUCCUGUUAAUUUAAUCAAUUCACUGAAAAGCAUUGCUGGUACAUUAACUGAACUGAGUCUAUCAUAUUGGGACAAAGAAAAUCUUUAUCAAAGCUUGAAAAUCCCAAAAACAUUCACUCGUGUUAUUCCUAAGCUGAAGGCUUUGAAAUCAAUUGAAAUGAAUGGCGUAACAAUGGAUAGUAGUAUAUCCAUGCUUCUGAAACAAUUUGGAGUAUUAGUCAUAAGUUACAAUGAUUACCUUAACAAGAUUGAACACUGCGAAGAACUGUUUAAAAAUAUUGAGCACUUUGAUAUAUAUGAUUACGAAGUUACAGAUGAUUGUUUAUAUACUAUAGCCAAUUGCAUGAAUUUAAAAUCAUUGACGAUGAGGUGUGAACGGAUAACCGAUGCUGGUAUAGUAACUAUUUCAAAGAUGAAUAAUUUAGAAAAUCUUUGCUUUCACGGCUUUUGUCACGUCACUGAUUCUUCAAUUAAAUUACUCAAAAAUUUGAAAACUUCAUAUUUACCAUGGAGCAAAAAAAUUACUGACGUUUCAGUCACGAAAAUUCUUGAAAAUUCUCCAAAGAUGGAGACCUUUUUCAUUGUAGAAUCACCUGAUGUAACUCUUGAAUUUGUCAAAAAAGCAGCAGAAAUAGCAACAAAUCGAAAAACAGUAUUGCACUUAGGAAUUCCAUUCACACCUGGUAUAAAACAAUAUGAAUCGCGAUAUGUAAAUCUAACUCUAUUGUACCCAUAUUUAGAACUAAGCCCAUUCAAUCCAUCAAAACGAAUUAUGUAUAUGUGGAGAAAUAUGAUUAAUAACUCACAAUGAAUUUUAAAAUCAAAAUAAACAAAUAAAAUCCCUGGUAAUUUAAAUUUGGCUCUUCUUUUGGCUCUCUAUCAAAUCUUAAAUCAUAAUAAUUUUAAUUACCACUGGAUUUUUUUUUUUCUUAUCAGCUGGACAUUGUGGCGUACCUAUAAUUAAUAUUAAAAUAAUGUUUUUCAAAAUUUAAUAUUAAAUGAAUUUAUUAUAAUUAUGUUUGUGUGUUGCAAGGCAUUUCAAAGUAUUGCAAAGAGUCAAGAGAGAUUUACAGUGAUUGUGGCUUAAUAAACCUAAUACUUUAGGGCCUUCGUUUUUUUUUUUUAUUAUUUAAAAUAAUAAUAUUGUUAUUAAAAUAAAAAUAAAAAAACAA